CUGUGCCUGGGCAGCCCGCCCGCCCUGUAAUACGGGUGCUUGGGGUCAGUUAGUUAACCGUGGAGUCCAGUCGCCGCCCCCCUUGGCUUCCUGUUUUCUCCGCCUUCUCUUUCUCCAUUCUCGAAACCAACAAAGCUGCGCUUGUCCCCCUCUCCUCGCUUUCUCUCCACUUUCAUCUUCCUUUCCAUCGCAACUCUGCUCCCGUUCCAAUUCUCCCCUCAGCGACGAAGCUACCUAUUUCCCUUGGUCAGGGCCCCUCCGCAGCGAAAACGUUACAAACGCUCGAAUCAUGGUUGCCUCCGCUACCCUCCCCAGCCCCAUUGGGGAACCCCAGAAGCUUGAGAAGAAGCCCAUCAAGUUCUCCAACUUGCUUCUCGGCGCUGGCCUCAACAUGUUCGAGGUCACCACCCUCGGCCAGCCCCUCGAGGUCGUCAAGACCACCAUGGCGGCUCACCGUGGCGACGGCUUUGCUACGGCCUUGGGACGCAUCUGGUCCCGAGGCGGUGUUCUCGGCUUCUACCAGGGCCUCAUCCCCUGGGCUUGGAUCGAAGCCUCCACCAAGGGCGCCGUCCUCCUCUUCGUCGCCUCCGAGGCCGAGUACUACGCUCGCGCCAGCGGCUUCGGCGAGUUUGGUGGUGGUAUCAUCGGUGGUAUUACCGGUGGUGUUGCUCAGGCUUACGCUACCAUGGGCUUCUGCACCUGCAUGAAGACUGUCGAAAUCACCAAGCACAAGAUGGCUGCAAGCGGUGUUGCGCCCCAGUCCACCUUUGCCACCUUCAUGGACAUCUACCGCAAGGAAGGUAUCCGCGGUAUUAACAAGGGUGUCAACGCUGUCGCCAUCCGACAGAUGACCAACUGGGGUUCCCGUUUCGGUCUCUCCCGACUUGCUGAAGGCUGGAUUCGCGACAUCCGUGGCAAGAGCCGCGAGGAGAAGCUCACUGCUUACGAGAAGAUCAUUGCAUCCGGUCUUGGUGGUGGUUUGAGCGCCUGGAACCAGCCCAUCGAGGUCAUCCGCGUCGAGAUGCAGAGCAAGAAGGAGGAUCCUAACCGCCCCAAGAAGAUGACUGUCGGAAACACUUUCCGCUACAUUUACGGCCAGAACGGUAUCCGCGGUCUUUACCGUGGUGUCGCUCCUCGCAUUGGUCUUGGUGUCUGGCAGACCAUUUGCAUGGUUGCCAUCGGUGACAUUGCCAAGACUUAUGUCGAACAGCUCACCGGUGACCAGGUCUCCGCGAAGCACUAAAUCCCCGCCUACCGAAGCCCCAGCGUGUGAUGCGCUGCAACGCGCCUUGGCUGUAGUAGUAACAACACCACACGACAACCGACUCGGCUAGGGGAGGCCAGGCUUGGAACACAGCCUGGUCUCUCUGCGUAAUGCCUGACCGCUGCCAUUGGGUAGUCAAUUGAGCUCCGAUAUUUGGCCAAUUGCUUCUCACGGCGGCGCACGCGACUUUUUUCCUAUCUUGUUUUUUGACACUACUUUGGGUUGAUCCGUCACAUUGUUUAUCGCGGCUGGGUCCGAAAGGAAAGCUUAUAGACUCAUUCUUACACGCAAACUGUAAAAAUACCAGACGCCAAGCGUGAUGUGGAGAUGUAAAAAGGGAAAUGAAUGUCUUGUUUGUUAUUUGGGAAUAGGGAUUGUUGAAAGUUUGUCAACUAUCAAGUCGUAAUAGAUCGAAUUCUUUC